AUGCUAUUAGCUAUUCUGUUGAUUCUUCUCCAAACAGGAACCACCGAUUUACAAAUCUUAUUAACCACAGAAUUUAGUGAGCGGCGCCAAAUCUUUUUAUGGAUUGCUUUUUUCGCCUCUUUCGCUGUCAAAGUUCCUAUGGUACCAGUUCAUAUUUGGUUACCCGAAGCUCAUGUAGAGGCACCCACGGCAGGAUCCGUUAUCUUGGCAGGAAUUCUUUUAAAAUUGGGAACUUACGGGUUUUUAAGAUUUUCAAUACCCAUGUUUCCUGAAGCGACACUUUGUUUCACUCCUUUCAUUUAUACUCUAAGCGCGAUUGCUAUAAUAUAUACUUCCUUGACCACUUUAAGACAGAUCGAUCUUAAGAAGAUCAUUGCUUACUCCUCAGUAGCCCAUAUGAAUUUUGUGACUAUUGGUAUGUUUAGUCUGAACAUACAGGGAAUUGGAGGUAGCAUUCUACCGAUGUUAAGUCAUGGACUGGUUUCUUCAGCCCUUUUUCUAUGUGUUGGUGUUCUAUAUGACCGACAUAAGACUCGACUUGUUAGAUAUUACGGAGGUUUAGUGAGCACCAUGCCGAAUUUCUCUACCAUUUUCUUCUUUUUCACUUUAGCCAAUAUGAGUUUACCUGGUACUAGCAGCUUUAUCGGGGAAUUUCUCAUCUUAGUAGGAGCUUUCCAAAGAAAUAGCUUAGUAGCCACAUUAGCAGCGCUUGGGAUGAUUUUAGGCGCGGCCUAUUCCCUUUGGCUAUAUAAUCGUGUGGUUUCUGGAAAUUUAAAACCCGACUUCCUCCAUAAAUUCUCCGAUCCAAAUGGCAGAGAAGUUUUCAUAUUUAUACCCUUUCUUGUUGGAGGGGCGACCGUCCGUUAA